AUGGAGGACGCUGCAGACACCCCACGCCCCCAUUUCAGCUCUGUUGAGCUCACUAGCCAGACCAACCCAGACCAUCAGCCAAAGCGAGCACGUACUUUCGGAGCUGUCUUCCGCGAGCGAACAAAGUAUGGUACUGGCACAUCCUACGCUGUUAGAGUCCAGCGGCCAUGCGAGUCCUUGCAACAGUGUGGCAGGGACAGGGACAGAAACCAACAGCCUGGUGGCCGGAGUGAUUAUCUGGUCGGCCGAGACACAAUUGGCAAGGCCCUCGGAGGGCCAAGGACAAAAGGCCUAGUACAUGGAGCAGGGGCGAAUCCACCCUGGUCCACCUUUUUCGCCGCAGUGGAUGCGCUGUGGAUGCUGCCGUCCACUAAAAUCCGCACACUAGGAGACCAGGUCUGCGCUAAUGCUGCGCGCUUUGACUAA